AUGGCUGACUUGGUCAAAUGGUGUCUGUACAUCUCGUACAUUUACGGACGUAUUUCGGGAGUACUGAACUUUGAGAUCGAUCUGAAAACGGGGAUUGUAAGCAAGUAUCUGUGCGCCACAGCAACGGAGAUGGUGCAGAUUUCAAUGGCAUUUAUACUCGUCCGAAAAUACCUAACAAUACGCAUGGCUCUGGGCAUGUGGUCAGUGCUAGCCCUGACAGGCAUUGUCAAUGUGAUCAUUACCCAAUAUUAUAUAGCAAUUGCACAUAUACGUGGCUGCUAUAUGACCUUGAAUAAGGAGUUGGAAUCGAUAUUAUACAAAGCUAAGUCGCUGGUUCCCAGCCGACGUGGAGUUUUUGUGACUAAAUGUUGCUUUCUGGCUGAUCGUUUGGACGAGAUUGCUAAAACACAAUCGGAACUACAGGAACUAACAGAUCGCCUUUCAAAGACCUACGAGGUGCAGCUUCUUUGCAUGGCCCUCACUUUCUACUUAAACUCAAUCGGAAGCAUCUACAUCAUGUUCAGCGUUGGGAAGUACAAGAACAUGAUUGAGGAUUGGCCUCAGGUAGCAAAGUAUUUAGCAGCAGCGUACUUCAUAUUUUUCUACCUCGAUAUCUGGUUAACUGCAUACAACUUGUUCCAUCUUUUGGAUGUCCAUCGUGAAAUGGUAAAUCUGAUGGAACAGCGAACUCUGCUUUUUCCAGGCUUGGACAAGCGUUUGUUGACAGCAUUUGAAAGUUUCGAACUCAACCUGGCGCGCAAUCCAUUUAGGCUUCGCUUUUUUGGAUUUUUCGAAGCUGAUCGUACAACCUGCUUCUCUUGGUGCAACUCUAUGAUUGCCAACUCCAUAUUCCUUAUUCAGUAUGAUGUGCAAAAUUACUAA